GAGGCAGCCCCCGGGGGGUUUUUUAUGUCCGGCUUACAUUGCUGCGCAGUUUCACAGGCACUGGACGGGAUGGUUGGCGGGUCGAUCAAUCGUUCAACCCGGCCGUCUCCUCUCAACUCCUAUUCCUCCUCUUUGCCCCGGGUGACCCAAGCCGGUUCAUAUCCGUUUAUGUCCGUUGCUCCUCAUAAGUGAACCGCGGCUUCCAGAGCUACAUUGCGCCCGCCCUUCCGAAAUCCCUGCUAGAACCCGAACCGUCACCGCAUCCAUCUCCCCUUAUAAAGGCUGUUCCUAACCCGUCUGACGUCGACGUGACGAGACCGAAAAUGGAAUGUAAAUCAUUCAGGGCGCGUGUGACAUCAAUCCCCUAGUGAACUGUCUACAGCGAGCUAUAAGUCACAUCGACUCGAGCCGUGUUAUAACUGAGAACAAGCCGCACAGCCAACCGAAAUUUUGCUCGGGAUAUCUCACGAAACACUCGCGAAUCAUGUCCAUUGAGGUUUUCCACAUGCGUCUCUCGCAAUCCGAGAGGAUCGUGUGGUUGUUGGAGGAGUUGCAAGUUCCCUACGAUCUGCACGUCUGCGAUCGCGACCCCAAUUCUGCUCUCGCGCCCAAGGAGAUCAAGGACGUCAACCCCGCCGGUACUGCGCCGUAUUUCCGCGACACCACAGUUUCACCACCGGUCGGCAUCUCAGAAUCGGGCGCCACCGUCGAGUACAUUCUAGCCGUCCACGGCUCCAAGACCGGCUCCGGUGCACCUAGGCUGCGACGAACCCCCGACGACGCCGACUACGCUUCCUAUCUCGAGUGGUUCCAUUUCGCCAAUGGUACCCUUCAGCCCGCCAUUCUCCGCGGCAUGACUCUCUUGUUUGCGGGCGCCUCAGAGAGCGGCAUCGCCAAGCGAACAGACGCCAAGAUGCACAGCUGCUUGAAGUUGGUUGACGACCGUUUGGCCAACAACAAAUGGCUCGCCGGGCAGAACCUGAGUGCGGCGGACAUCAUGAUCGUCUUUAGCCUCACCACCAUGCGCGGUUUCUACCCGCUCGUGGACCUAUCGCAAUACGGUAACAUCUUGAGGUACUUGAAGGAUGUUGCAGAGCGUCCUGCUUAUCGCGAGGCACUGAAGAAGGCUGAAGAGGGGAUGGAGCCCAUGAUUGGACCGAAGGUCAAGGCCUUCAAGCAGUUUCCAGCGUUCGGUGCCAUCUACGAGCCGCUAGGUUACUAGUGACUCAAUAGAAGUAAUCGGAUUAAGAAGAAAGAGUGGAGAAACGCACUACUGUACGAAUAGCAUAGCCGUAUUUCGUAUUUUAGCUCUCUUCUCAGUUCGUAAUACCACGGAACAACAACACCUUGGGUUAAAUAGUAGGGCACGCAAACGAAAGGCGCUCACCCGCUGUACCGGUAGUAACUUAGACAUGCCGCAAUUUUGUCUAAUAGAACUAGACAGCCAAAAAGCUCAACUCUCUUGACCAGCCUGGGGGUCGAACCCAGAAUCUCCUGAUGACUCGAUGAAUCGUAG